CAGUAGCGCAGAUUGAGACAGUUUCACCUGUAACACCUGUAUACACCUGCAUAGGCCUGUAGUAGAGGACAGAGUACCAUGUCAAGUGUGACCAUACUCGCCGGACUAUUUGUCCUGGUUGCCGUGGCUGGCAACCUCGUGGGCGUUGACGGAACGUCAACAGCCACCAGCACAGCGUCAACAUCAGCACCAGGUAAUGCGUCAACGUCAACUGUUGCGCCAUCCAUGUCUGCGUCUCCGACUUCUGUUAUGCCGUCCAUGUCCAUGUCAAUGUCUGCGUCGGCCAAUCCAUCUACAUCUUCAUCUGCUGUCUCCCCGACAUCUACGCCACCACCAAGUACAACUGGGGGCACGUCAGAGACAAGUUCCUCCGCCAUCCUCUUCUUCACAACAACCUUGGCGUCUCUGUUUCUCAUCGCCGUCGCAUCUAUGUAGGCGUUACGUCAACAUGACGCCAUCAUUACGUCAUCGUGACGUGAACAUGACCUGUCAUUGUGACUUGAUGGUGUUAUUAUUGUGACAAUGUAUAUUGUAUGUACAUCUAUGAUACAGAUGUAGGCUUGAUACGAAACGUUUCACAAAACCACCUUUUUAUUCAGAUUAUUUAGAAGCAUAUACCGUAUUCGACGUAAUAAGCACCCCUCUCUUAUAAACGCCCGGCGAUAUUUGCUAAUAUAUUGGCGAGUGAACAAUCCCAAUUAGCACUCCUUCCGAUGAUCAAUGUGCACCAGACUUAUU